GCUGUGAAUCGCUUGUAGCAGACGUUCCUUAUAGACUACACACAUUUGUGCUGUUAAAACGUUUUAGAAUAUCACAAGUAUUUAUCUUAUAUAAGAAUUGUUAAGAAAUCUGUGAUACUACCCUCCACUGUAUCCAUUUUGCUAUCGAUUGCGGGUGAACAUCGUAUUCUCUUACAACUGAACAAAGUUUGAGGGAGUCGGAAACUCGUGCUCACCGACAACCUCACACCAUGAUCAACAAUCCCUUUCUGUAUCUUUACACAUCCCACGUCAAGAAGCUGUAACCAUAUGAGCAAACCAGGCUACGACUACGAGUAUACUAAACAAGCAGUGUGACGUGUGGUGGAAGAAAAGGGACGGUUACAAUUUACGUCAGGUUCUCCAGAACCGUGGUUCCACUGUCAACUGUUUUUGACGGAUUUUCAAGAAAGAGCCAUGGAUAAGCUAGUGAUCGAGCAACUAGAGAUCUUGGAGAGUUCGUUGCGUGAUCUCUCUGAGGAGAUGAAGUCACAUCGGGAAAAAUUGAAGUCUAAAAAGUUGGUAGAGAUAAGGAGCUGGAAAGCUUGCUCAUGCAAAUUGAGAUGAAAAAUGUUGGCAGCGAAGGUAAGGGAGAAUUUCAUACGUGCCUUGAAGAACAAGUAAAAGAAUUCACCAAUAUUGGUAAGAAUCAUAAGAAUCUUGAUAAAGAAAUCGAGGCAAAAGAGAGCCGUGAACUAAAGAAGGAUUCAAGAAUCAAGGAACUAAUUGCGUCCAGUGAUGAGGAAUUGAAACGAUUACAAGAGAUCGUUAAACACAUGCGUUCUACUCAGAAAAAAAAUAAAAGAGCUCACUUUGACGCAAUUAAAAAUAUUGAUGACGCCACGUGUGGAUUGAAUUUUCUUUUUGAUCGAUCUCUUUCACUUGAAAGUGACGCAGCACUUGCAAGAGCUAAAUAUGAAGGUCUUUUGCUUAAAUACGAUUAUUGGCGUAAGAAAGUGGCUGAAUGUGAACAGCGGAUGAAAAAAGAAAGUCGGAACUUAAUAGAGCUUCUGCUGGAACUAAAGCCUCUGGAAGAAGGGACAUCUAAAUAGUCUUCUACGGAGUCUUCUGAUAGUCCA